UAUUCCCCUAAUUUCUUAUGGAAAAGAGAAAAAGUUAACAUCAAUGGCCAACAAGAUGGUCGAAAGCAAUGAUUCGCAUGGGUCAAAAUUUGUUGUCUGUAACAAUCAUCAUCAAGUAAAUUGUAAACAAGGCCAAACACAGGCCAACCCACGGGAUGUUGAGAUAAGAUUUGGGUUUGGAUUCAUUCCCCAUGCUUGAGUUUGGUCAGACCGUUAUCUCCAGCUUUUACAAAAUUCUAAUGGCCGAGAAACUCUCUCAAAGGUCCCCACGAACUCCCUCUUUUGAGUUGGCAAAUUAUAUAUGAUAAAAGUGGUAACAAAGCCACGUGUUUUUGCAUGCACUACUCGAUCUUCACACAAAAAGAAGCUGAACAAAAAACAAACCUUCUCAAUCAGUUUCAGGAUACUUUGAGUGACCAAAUUCUCUGCUGAUAAGUUGCAGAAUCUUUAGCUGCCAUGACAAUCGUCUCUGCUGCUGCUGCUGCUGCCCUCUUCAAAGACUGUACCAGAUGUUUCAAAUUUAGCAGCAUUGUUGGCGUUGGCCUGGGUGGCACCCUCACGUACCGUCAUACAUAUAAGAUCAACCGAGUUCACUUCUCCGGUUCUAUCCCUUCUUCAUACUAUUGUUGUGCAACGCUAUCAAUAACGAUGGAGGAAGUGAAGCCAACAUUUGAUGUAGACAAAGCUGCUGUACUAGUUAACGAGAUGAGAAAGACCUUUAGCUCAGGCAAGACAAAGAGCUAUGAAUGGAGAAUGUCACAAUUGGAAAGUAUAUCAAAGAUGAUUGAUGAAAAGGAGAAAGAAAUUAUAGAAGCACUGCAUAAGGACCUCUCGAAACCUGAACUCGAAGCUUUUCUGUCAGAGAUUUUAAUGACAAAAUCCUCAUGUAAGUUGGCUCUUAAAGAACUUAAACAUUGGAUGAUGCCAAAAAAGGUCGAAACUUCAAUGGCAACUUAUCCAUCGUCGGCAGAAAUUGUGUCAGAACCUCUUGGAGUUGUCUUGGUCAUAUCUACCUGGAACUUCCCUUUUUUGUUGUCUCUUGAUCCGGUGAUUGGAGCUAUUGCAGCUGGUAAUGCUGUGGUCCUUAAACCAUCAGAAAUUGCUCCAGCCACAUCAUCACUGCUUACAAAGUUACUAGGGGAAUAUGUGGACGAAUCUGCCAUAAGAGUUGUUGAGGGUGCUGUUCGUGAGACCUCUGCAUUACUAGAACAAAAGUGGGAUAAGAUCUUUUUUACAGGUGGAGCAAGAGUUGGGCGCAUUGUGAUGGCUGCAGCAGCGAAGCACCUUACACCGGUAACUCUUGAACUCGGAGGAAAGUGCCCAGCUGUUGUUGAUUCUAAUGUUAAUUUACAAGUUACUGCAAAGAGGAUUAUAGCAGGCAAGUGGGCAUGCAACAAUGGACAAGCUUGCAUUGGUGUUGAUUAUAUCAUAACAACAAAAGAAUUUGCCCAAAAGUUGAUAGAUUCUCUAAGAAGUGUACUGGAGGAAUUCUUUGGAAAAGAUCCAAUGGAAUCAAAGGACCUAUCCCGCAUUGUAAACUCAUUCCAAUUCAUGCGUCUAGUAAAUCUCUUGGAUGAGGAUAAGGUCUCUGACAAAAUUGUUUUUGGAGGCCAGAGGGAUGAGAGCCAAUUACAAAUAGCUCCAACAAUAUUGUUAGAUGUUCCUGAGGACUCAUUGAUAAUGCAAGAAGAAAUAUUUGGACCAUUACUUCCCAUAAUGACUGUGGAAAAGUUGGAAGAUAGCUUGGAUAUGAUAAACAGAAAGCCAAAACCUCUUGCAGCAUAUCUCUUCAGUGAUGAUGAACAGAUUAAAAGCAAGUUUGUGCAAAACAUAUCUGCUGGAGGAAUAGCCAUUAAUGACACUGUUCUACAACUAACAGUUUCCGGUUUACCUUUCGGAGGAGUCGGGGAGAGCGGAAUGGGUUCAUACCACGGUGAAUUCUCUUUUGAUGCUUUUAGCCAUAAGAAGGCAGUUUUAUACAGAAGUUUUGCGGGAGAUGCUCCUACUAGGUACCCGCCAUACACACCUGGAAAGCAGAAACAAAUGAAAGCCUUAGUCAGUGGCAACAUAUUUAACAUUAUUCUUGCUUUACUUGGAUGGUUUAGAGACUGAGAAUGCACAUAAAUUUUCUUGUCUCAACACAAGAUUUCUUCUUCUGGUAAUUUACACUACUCAUGUACCCCAACUUCAACAAUAAAUCUAUGUGUUUUGGCAUUUCCAUUUGCCAAGUUUUACUUAAUUGUAUGAAUGAAACUAAAGCUCCUUGGUUAUCAUUUUUAG